UAUAGACAGACCAAGGUGUGCGGAGAAAACCGCCCUCCGCUCUUCCGUUCCUUGUCAGUUUCUGUCAUGGGGGCGAGCGUUGCGCAAAAAACUACGAGCAAGGAGUGGCGCGGGAAACGUUUAAAUAGCCGGAAUAUCACUUUCACUCAUCACAACAGCUCAGGAAAGAUCUUCUCUUCUUAUUUCAUGCACCGUGUUGUUUUGCGUUGCUAGUGAGCAUGCGUAAAGGCGCUCCCAGCCUGAACCUGCACUCGCUGUGUGCGCUGUGGCUCGCGGCGCUGCAGGGAUGUGCCCCCGCGGACGUAGCUCCAAACACAUCUCCUCUGCAGAGCACCAACUGGGGCAACCCGAGAAGAUUCAUCCACCUGCAGACCAGCACAGACCUCAACAACUUCUACCUGGAGAUCAGUCUGAAUGGUCAUGUACGCAAAAGUGCGCGGCGAGGUUCUUACAGUGUUGUUCUACUGAAAGCCGAGACCAGAGACCGCGUGGCAAUAUUCGGAGUGAAAAGUAGCCGGUUCUUGUGUAUGGACGCAGAGGGGAAUCUUUACACUUCCACGGUUUGCAAUAGAGAUGACUGUCUUUUCCACCACAAGCUUCUGGAGAACCAUCGCGACGUGUACUACUCCCCCAAGACCGGCCUCCUGCUCGACCUGGACGGCGCGAAGCAUCGAUACACGGCCGGCCAGAACCUCCCCCGCUCCUCUCUGUUCCUGUCGGAGAAGAACACGGUGUCGCUGGAGCGCCUGAAGCACAGAGAGAGAAAGAACCGGCAGGUGGAGCUCUCUGACCCGCUCAGAGCGCUCGGCUAUGAGGAGGAGUCAGACUCCCGCGCGGUGCAGGAGGAGGACGCAGAGCAGGAGCCCUUUGAGGAUCGCAAUACGUCCAGAGAAGCCCUGCUCUCUCCUUCAGACGAUGACCCGUGGGAUGCGGUGCACGCCAGGAACCCCAGCAGCCCGCGCAUGUCUGCAGUUGCUGGUUAAAGUGCCUCAUCCAUGUCGGAUCAGACAGGUGGUCUCUGCUGUAGCCCAGUUACAGUGAAAAAAAAACACGGUGAUCCACCUUAAGAGAUGUGCGUUGAUUUAACUGUUUCACUUUGUUUGUAAUUUUGCACCCAAGCCUUUUAAAACACCAGUAUUUAUUUCCCAUCUCCCACCCGAAUCAACCAGACUGGUGCAGGACACCAUAUGAGGACAGAAAUUGUUUACUGAUACAAAUAUUUAUUUAUUUAAAUGCAUUAGUUUUUAUUUAUGUAUUUAUAUGGAUGCAUUUGUUAUGUAAAUACAUGUGGAAAUACAAACUGUACUCCUGUUGCUUUUUUCCUUAUAAAUAAAAGGACUUUCCCGAAUUUUAAGUGCCUCUUGUUCUAUGUCUCGAGUCAUCUGACAGGAACCUGUCUGUACAUUAGAUUUUAUCUCUCAUCUUCCUUAAACCCUUUCUCCACUUCUGACAAUUAUAGCUUCUAUUACAGG